CGACGACGACACCGACGACGGCGAUAGCGUCGCCGGAGACGGUGGAGAUAGAUCCGACAGCGACGACGACGACGACGACGACGAGGAUGAUGACGACGACGAUGAUGGCAACGUUGUCGUCGUCAUCAAUGACGGCGGCAGCGACGUCAAUGUCGACGAAGACGGCAUCGAGGAAAGUAAUGUGGGAGAGGAACGCGACGACGACGACGACAAUGCCGGGGGCAAUGGAGAAAACAUUCGCCGCUAUCGAGAGCCGCUUUCUUUAGCAUUAGCAGUACAACAAGGAGGCACACGCGGACGCGUUCUCUCCUCCUCCGAAACGGAACCGGUGAGAGAGGAGCUUAUGGAGGAGGAAGAAGAAGAAGAAGAAGAAGAAGAAGAAGAAGAAGAAGAAGUUCCUCACGAGCGCGGUAAUGUUAAGUUUAAUUAUAUUGAAAUACGAGAGGAAAACGCGCGGCGGUUUAGAAAUUUCCAUAUAUUAGGACGAGAGGCUAGUAUAAAGAUUCUCCCACCCGUCGAAGGCACCGACAUCGCUAAACAUUUAGAAAACACGUUCCGCGAAAUCUAUUCUUACGCUGUUAAUUCCGCUAACGCGAACGAUUACGUGGGGCUGUCUUUCGCCUCGACGGCUUUAACACGCGGGCCGGCCGGCUUGUCGUUUCGCCCGGUGCGAGACUUGACUCACGAGGAUAUCUGGGGUCUCGUAAGCUCGGUAGCGCAGAGCGCCGGAGAUCACGAUAUCGCGGAACGCUUUUUAAUAACUGUGUACAAUGUCGGGAUGCCUUCGGGCUGAGGAGGAAAAUCGAAUAAAUUAACGCGCGAAGAUGUGCACUGAGAACAAUGUCCGAUCAUGUCUGAUCGGAUAAUCCGAUGAAAAUGUAUCAAACGGAUAUGUCCGAUCAAAUUAUAUAUCCGAUCAUUAUCCGAUGAAAAAUUUUAUCGGAUAUAUCCGAUCAAUAAUUAUCCGAUUAAUAAUUAUACGAUCAAUAAUUAUCCGUUGUUACUGGAACAGAUCCGAUGAAUAUGUGAUCGGAUAUCAAAAAAUUGUUGGGUAAAGAUUAAAAUAGAUAUAGGGAGAUAGAAAUUAAAUUGAAAUAAGUAAAGACAUAUAUUUAGACAUAUAUUUAUUUUAAACAUAUAUAUGUAUAUUGAAAUAAUAAUAGUCAAAGAAUGCUUAUUUAAUCCAAAGAAUUGCGCAUUGUGAUGUAUAAAUACGAAGACGACAAAACAGAUACAGUAUUUUGAUGCACAAACAAUAAUGAAUCAUAAGAUAUGAAAUGUUGAUUAUUUCUUUUUUCAACUACGUACGCGUAAAUGAGGAUCGAAUGUGACAGUUUCUAACAAAUGUCCUUCAAAAAAUGUUUUCUUUGUUAUUAAGCAAAGAUAAAUUUUGGAAAUAUUAAAAAAAACAGGGUCUCCGUAAUGUCGGUCGAUAUAUAAAGUUAGAAUGCUGUUAGGCCUGUAAGUGAUGCCGUUAAUUUUAACAAAAGAAGUGGAGUACUGGAGUAAUUCUGUGGAGGGUGAGAGAUUAAAUUGUCUUAAAAGCAAUGUUAAUCGUGAAAUGUUAAUUCUUAUAAUUUUACAAGAAUGUUGAAAGUUGGAUGGAAGUUGAUUUUCUAAAAAUAAAUGGUUUAAUUGUAACUGAUUUUUUAUAGCAAGAGUUUUGCAAAUAUUCAUUCUGUUCAUUGAACUUCUAGCUGCUAUUUUUAAUAUUCUGUGUUUCGAUUCAAACCUCAUUGAUCACAAGUUAUGUAGGGGACCUAAUUUUUUCAUUA